UAGCAUUAUUUACAGAACAUGUCCAUGGACCAAAAGUGCCGCAGUUAGCCAGCCAAAGGCGCUAACCAAACCAACUAUGUGAGAUAAAACACUAAAAAAAACAAAGAAAGGCAGCUAUGUGUGACCUUGACUAGAAGGUAAGGGGGAAAUUAAUGAGUAAAUGACUGUAGGAAGUAGAGAAAGCUGGAAUAAUGUAACACGAGCUGGGCAACGUUACUGUCGUUAGCAUGCUAAGGUGAGACAUGGAUUUCCUCACUCUGUUUGCUAUCUACGUCGUGGUGGUGCUUGCAUGUAUCGUCCUAGUCUGCAAGUACUCAGGCCAGCAGCAAACCCCCUUUAAUAUCCUCCUCAACGCUGUGGGAAAGGUGUUUGCACCACUUACGCCAAAGUGGCUCCAAAAGUUUGGCCAGUGGACCUUGCACAGGCUGUUUCAUCAAAGGAACAAUGUGUUCAUCUAUCUGCAUGUCCUGCUGGAGGGUGCUGUGUAUGCAGAGUUCACCUAUGAGGUGUUUGGCUUCUGCAGGCAGAUGGACACCACUCUGACCAGCCUGUCUGUGCCUUAUGUCCUGCUAGCCAUCAAGACCUUCUUCUUCUACCGCUGCAUCAAGAGGGACCCAGGCACAGUGACAAAGAAGAAAGUCGCUGGCCAGCUGCACAUCUAUCCGUACGAUAGGAAGCUGUUUCACCCAGGAGUAUCCUGUCCAACCUGCCAGCUCCUUAAACCGGCUCGCUCCAAACACUGCAGAGUCUGCAACAGGUGUGUCCAGCGUUUUGACCACCACUGUGUCUGGGUGAACAACUGCAUUGGUGCACAGAACACGCGUUACUUCUUGCUUUACCUCUUCAGCAUGUGCGCCAUGGCCGGCGACAUGGCCAUACUAAUAGCAGACAUGCUGCUUCAUGCCGUACUGCGGUCUGGGCUUCUGACAGCCAGUUAUAUAGAUGAGCAAGGCCAGCAGCAGCCAGCAGGGCCUCUAUUUAUUAUACAGCAUCUGUUCCUGACGUUUCCCCGAAUCGUCUUCAUGCUGGGAUUUCUGGUCUUUGUCUUCUUCCUCCUGGGGGGUUAUGCUCUGUUCCAUUCCUACUUGGCUCUUGUCAACCAGACCUCCAAUGAGUGGUACAAAAGUCGAGGUUACGUUUGCCAGCACUGCCACCCAACUGUAACAGCAGACCAUCUCUGUGGCCCAGCACCAGACCACUCUAAAAGAUACCACUACAGCAGAGGGCUACUCCGAAACCUGGGAGAAAUUUUCUUCCCUCCACAACCUGUUCAGAAAAAAGACAAUUGAAAAAAAGCUGCCUUCUGUGUUGUCAGGCUGCGUUUACUGUACCGUCCCCUGGGUUUCCUGUCCCAAAGAACUACUGCUGUCUCAAAAAAUAAAGUUUACGUUGGCAAUUUC